UGACGGCGGCAGAUGUCAUCUCAAAUCUGGCUCUGAAGAUCAACAAAACCUCCUGUAGCAGAUUCAACAUUAACUGAGCCAAUGUCUGGGAUGGUGCCUACCGAGGCUUCAGAAGGUCUUCAUAUUGUCCCAACUCUGGCAUGAUGGUGAAAUUCUCUGAUGACGUGGGGCUGGCUGAAGAGGCAAUAGACACAGCUGCAGAUGAAAAUGAAUAUUUCUACAUUGGAAGAAUGAUUGCAGUUUCCAUUGUCCAUGGUGGUCCAGGGCCAUGUUGUUUAUCUCCAAACUUCUUUAUGUACCUUGUUGGAAAAGACAAGACAUUCGAGGCACCAAUUGAUGAUAUACCAGAUGAAGAAAUCAAGAAGGCUCUACUAGAGAUAAAGAAUGCAACAUCUCUAAGUGAGCUCCGAGUAAUCACAGAAAAACACUCAAGCAUGCUCCAGACAGCAGGAUGCUAUCGAUUCAUGACGACACUGGAGGAUAAGAAGAAGGUAGUAGCGGAUUACAUUCAGUGGAACUUCAUCUACCAAAACCAUCUUUCCAUCCAAAGUUUCAGAGAGGGUCUAGCAACACUGGAUUUUCUAAACACCCUGGAACAGCAUCCUUCACUCUUCUUCUCAUUCAUGUGCUACGCUGAGACCAGGGUGGCAGCUGAUCAUGUGGAGAACAUCUUUCAUGUGCAGUUUGGUCCACCUGGCAGCUCUAGGCGUCAAGAGGAGACAAGAGUAAUAAGCUACUGGCAAGACUAUCUGCUUUCUGUAGAAGAGAGAAAUGGAAGUCUGUCUCUUGAAGACAUCCUUAUGUUUGCAACUGGACUGAGGGAAAUCCCUCCUGCAGCAAUGCAGCCAAAGCCACGGCUUCUUUUCCAGACCACUUCACGCUUCCCUGUAGCAGAUGUGAGCAACAGACUGGACGAGGCUGAGGAAAGGAUUGAGAAAGCGGAAGAGAGGAUCCAGAACACCGAGGAUGCCAUGAUCGAAAUAAUAAAGCUGCAGAUAAGGCUGGAGGAUAAAUUGAUAGAUCUAGAGAGCCGUACAAGAAGAGAGAACAUACGUAUUUAUGGUGUUCCCGAGACAGCGGAAAAACACUUCACAACAAUGAUUGAGUUUGUUGAGAAGUUGCUGCGGGAUGGCCUGGGGUUGUCGCUGUCCCAAGAAGGCAUCGAACGAGCACACCGCUCCCAAGGCUCGCUGCCACCCCCAGGCGACGCUCCACCGUGA